AUGGACCAAAAUGAGAAGAAGACAAUGUACGAUGUGAUGGCCCAUCUCACUGAUAUUCCGUUGCUUGGGAAGCAGUACGUACCAGGUAUAAAUGAAUCUAGUCAAUAAUCCGAUCAAUACAUUUGAAUAUCACUAAUCCAGGUUUGUGGAGGCAGUUCGAGGGAGGCAGUGGUCAACAACACUCGCGUUCCGGAGAACCAAUGAAUCAGAGUGAUGUCACGACUACUAGUGUGCAAGGAAAUGGAAAGGAGAACACGCGCGCGCAGGUCGGAGGAUUUAUUCGGGCACAUGAGAAGGUAAUUCACACUAUUGAGCACGAAUUUUUCAUUCAACAUAAAAAGAAUGUGUAAGAAAAAAGUUGGAGGCUGAUAAAAUAAUAGUUUUUUUUUUUAGCGUGCUCUCCCAACACCGACCAAAGACGUUGUUGCUGACUCAGAUCUCUUGGCUCCUCCAGCAAAGACACCUCGGAUUGAAAAACAAUGUUGA